ACGAGCCAAAUUUUUGAAAGAGAAGUCCGCGAUGCCAUCGUCGGCCCUUCAUCCUCUACACAGCAUUCUAGCCGACCUCAACCACCCGCGUCGCAACAUCACACAUCGAAAGGGAACCACGCAGGAUUUCCACCACACACUCAGAAGAAAUGGGUACGAAACGAGCGCAUUCUGAGCUCGCCGCGGAGGGCGCAAUCCCAGACGACACCUACGAGCAACAGCAGCAAUCGGGCUCGGAAGACGGCGAGCACGAGAACAAGCGGUUCAAGACCACCAAGAAGAAGUCGAGAGCCAAGGAGGGCACAACCAACUGGAACAAGACGCGCUCGAGAGACAUUAGAAGACUUUUGCAGAGCGGCAAGCAACUGCCUGCUACGAAACGCAAUGAGCUGGAACAAGAGCUCGAAGCGCUGCAGGAGAGAGUCGAGGAGCACAACUUCAAAAAGAGGAGAGGCGACAUGAUUCAGAAAUAUCAUAUGGUUCGAUUUUUUGAACGGAAAAAGGCAGAGAGACUACUAAAGCAGCUCCGCAAGAAGCUCCAGCAAUCCGAGGACCCCGAAGAAAAGAAGCGCCUUGAAACCGAAGCCCACGUGGCCGAAGUCGAUGUCGCCUACGCCCGCUUCUUCCCCCUGAUGGAGCGCUACGAGAGUCUGUACCCCAAUAAGGACAAGAACGCCAAGGAGGAGGGGCACGAGGACAAGGUCGAGGAAGAGCAGCAGCAGCAGAAAGAGGAAGCGGAGGCGGAGGCGGAUGUAGAUGCGAAGCCCUCCAAGCAACCCAAGGCCCUGCAAUUCCUCCACGCCGAACGACCCAAGAUGUGGGCCACGAUCGAGAAGGUCUUGCCGGAAGGCGAAGUGGCGCUGUAUCGGCUGCGCGAUCGCAGGUCACCGACAGACGGCCCUGCCAAGCGCCAGACCCGUCCGCAGCGGUCCGCGAGACAGAAUCAACAGACGCGGCCGCAGAGAGUCAAGGAGGAGGACCCGUGGGUGGCCAGGUCGAAGAAGACGUUCGAGAAGAAGAGGGAUCCUAAGCAGCCGAUGAAUCGGAGGGAGCGCAGGGCGGCUGAGAGGAAGGCUCCCGCCAAGGUGGAAGAGGAAGAUGACGGCACGGGCUUCUUUGAGUGAGAGCUCGGGAAAAGAAACUAGGGCGAGGUGUUGAGCGUUUUGGUAGUCAAUAGUAUACCCCCAAAAAGUCUUAUGGGAUCACGGCAAUGAAAAGCACAUUUUGAUCAUGCUGUCAGCUUGAUCACAUUUACUGUUGGUCAUAUCGUGUAUUCUACGGCAGACAGUAUAAGUGUAUACAUGUCGUUCGAAAGCCAUAUGAAG